AUGGAGUUCAAUCUCGAGGCUGCGCGGAUACCGGCCCUACCAGACGAUGCAUUCUACAUCUCCGACUUUAUAACCGAAGAGGAGGAGACCAGACUUCUCCAAAAGAUCGCAUCCGCACCCCUCCCCCGCUGGACUCAGCUCACCCACCGCCGCCUACAAACCUGGCCCUCAGCGCUGACAAAAACGAACACCCUCCUCGCAUCCCCGCUCCCACAAUGGCUCGUCAAUCCUAUCAUCGAGCCGCGGCUGAAGGACCUGGGCAUCUUUAGUGAUGCGCCGCAUCAGGCACCGAACCAUGUCCUUGUUAAUGAGUACAAACCCGGCCAGGGGAUCAUGCCGCAUGAGGAUGGGACGGCGUAUUAUCCGCUCGUGGCGACGGUUAGUCUGGGGGCGGGGAUUGUGUUGGAUUUAUAUCCGAAGGACUUUCCAGAACUGCAGCAACAGCACCAACAAAACCACAACCACAACCACAACCACACCGAAGCCACCUAUUACAAAUCCAGUGCAGAGCGAAAACCGCAGUACCGAAUCUUACAGGAACGAAGAAGUCUACUCGUGACCCGCGGCAAGAUCUACUCCGAUUUCCUACAUGGAAUCGCAGAGACGAAACGAGAAGAACACCUGGGCCCGGAUACAAUCUGCAACUGGGGUUUGUUGCGGGACCCGCAUGCCUUCCGAAAUGGGUGGUUCCAUCGCGAGACGCGGACGAGUCUGACGUAUCGCGAUGUGCUUAAGGUGGCCGCUGUGGGAAAUACUAUGAAGUUUCUGGGGAGGGGAUCAUAA